UUUGCUGGUAUCUGCUUAAAGCCAAGUAACCAUGGUUGCUCUCAGAGGCACAAUUCACCCUUGACCCAACCAUCCCCAAGUUUUGGGCCACGGAGGAGUGUUGGGGAGAGGCUGAAGGGCAGCACUCACCACAGGGCUGGUGUUCUGGGUGCCAGGAGCUGGCAUUCCAGAUGCUGGGAGCUCAGAUGCGUCCCUGACUUCAGAGACUUGCUGCAAUUGUCAAUCUGGUCUCACUGGGCUUGGAGAACAAGCUCCUGUCUCCUACUUGUCACAUCAAAUCUCCGUUGGCCACUGCUGUCGGUCAUCAUGAAAUGUUUAAUGUGCACCUUUGCUUGUUGCAUUAUAUUUUUUAAAUUGGUUUGUUAGUAAAGUAAUUAAAAGUCAGGACUUAGGAGCUCUGGAGAAAGGGUUCUUGCAAGGGUAAGCCUGAAGAACAAGAGGUUAGAGGGCAAUCUGUGCAUUUUUUUAUUAAUGAAAUCUUUCCAGGACAGUGCAGAUGCUUUGCUUGCUGACUUGCUGUUUCUUUAGGAAGGACAUAUCUGACUGGUCAGAAUCAGCUAAUGGAUCUUUGCAAAUGGAUGCUCUCUCCUUGGAGUCUGCCAGCAAGGAAGCCUAUUUCAGCAGAGUAGAAACAUUCACCCCGCUGAAGUGGGCUGGCAAACCCCGCGAGCUGUCUCCCCUGGUUUGCGCCAAGUACGGCUGGACCAAUGUGGAGUGUGACAUGCUGAAGUGCUCCAGCUGCCAGGCCUUCCUCUGUGUGAGCCUGCAGCUUGCGUUUGACUUCAACAAGUAUAAGGAGCGCUGCAUAGAGCUGAAGAAGGCCUUGUGCACUGCUCAUGAGAAGUUCUGCUUCUGGCCGGACAGCCCCUGCCCAGAUCGCUUUGCCAUGUUGCUGGUGGAUGAGCCCAGAGCCCUUCUCCAGGACUUCCUGGACCGCUUUCAGAGCCUAUGUCAGCUGGAGCUGCAGCUGCCCUCCCUCAGACCAGAAGACAUGAAAAACAUGUCCCUGACAGAGGAGAAGAUCAGUCUGCUCCUCCAGCUGAUUGGGGAGGAACUAGAGCACAAAACGGAGGGAGAGAAACCACCGUUGAAGUUUGCCACGGAAAUCCUGCAAGUGCAUGUUCCUGCCUGCAUCCUGGCUCUGUGUGGCUGGACUUGCAGUGCUGCGUCUGGCUCUGUGCACCUCUCGGUCAUCACCUGCUCCCGCUGCAUGAGGAAGGUGGGACUGUGGGGCUUUCACCAGCUGGAGUCUGCGGGGCCAGAUCUGGACUCCUGCGGCCCGAGCAGUGUAUCACCGGCACCCGCCGAGCGCUUCCCGCUCGUGCCCACGUCUCCACGCAGAAUGCUUACGCGGAGCCAAGACACACUCUCUCCGGGCUCUGAGCAGCACGAGAAGAGCCUGUCCCCAGCAAUCUCUCGCCCGCGGGGUUGGGACUCUCCCAUCCCCAUGGACCGGAGUGAGUUGGAGGUGGCCAGCCCCACUCCGAGGAGCCGCCCUGUCACCCGCAGCAUGGGCCAGGGGGAAAACAUGGAGGUGCCAUCCAGUCCUCUUCGCAGAGCCAAGCGCACACGGCUCUGCUCUUCCAGCAGCUCGGACACUUCUUUGAGGAGCUUCUUUGACCCCAGCUCUCAGCAUCGCGACUGGUGUCCCUGGGUCAACACAGUGGAGGGAGGGGAAGCCCUGGAAGAUACCGCGACCCAGACAGAGAAGGAACCUCCAAAGGCAGAGCCAGGCUGGCGAGUGGUACUGAAGACACUCCUUGCCACCAGAAAGUGUGAAAGAGUGCCUGAGACGGAGCCCGUGAGUCUCUCGGUGAAGUCCUGCAAGGUGUUCCGCAUUUUCCGGCAAUGGGAGAGCAUGAAUUCCUCCUGAAUGGGCCACUGCCUCUGGGAACUGGGUAUUGCAUCAGUCCGGCAGAGAUCCGCUUUGCAGUUGCUCCCACGGCAGCUCCGUGCCCCGGGGAGGGGGUGCCGAGGAGGCUCCAUGCCAAACGCAGCCCCCAGCAGCCGCUGGGACCCCCUCCUCCCUGACUGCCUUCCUUGAAGCCCCCUGCCUUCACAAAUUGCUGCUGUAGCCCUUGGCCCCAAGGGCUUUGACAGCCCUGUCUGGAGCUGGGACAUGCCAUGGGCACGUGGGGUGAACAAGGAGACGUGGUCGUCUCGCAAGGGUGACUCUCUUGUCCAGCUGUGACCUGCCACCAGCAGCACAGGGAAGUGUCGCCAGGGGAGAUCCAGCCCUACAGUGGUGGGUGGCCCCACACAAGGAUGAGGGAAUGGGACCUGGACCCUGGAACAGGCAAAUCCAUAGUGGCCAGUCUAUUUCUGACUGAUGGUUGGGCAGUCUCUCACUCUCCAGAUUUGAAAGCAAGUUACCUGUACUUGAUUAAAUGGGUUUUGUUUCCUGGACUGACUCUUUUCCUUUACUUGAUGUAUCAGUAUUGAGAGCAAACACGAAGUCACAAUAUUAGGAGGACUCAAUGAAUUUGUUGUGAAGUUUUAUGGACCACAAGGA